AUGGCCGUACAUAGACAACGACGUGCAACUCUCGGAGCAUCUUCUUCACGUCGUCCUAAUUCUCAACCUCGUAUGUUCAUCCAACGCAAUCCAUUGGAAGGUCAUGAACGCCUUUGGAAGGAUUACUUUGCUCAACUGCCAAUAUAUCUGCCAAACGUUUUUAGGAGGCGAUUUCGAAUGAAUCGUGAUCUUUUUUUACGUAUACAUUCUGCAGUUGUCACUCAUGAUGAUUAUUUUGUCCAAAAGAAAGAUGUCAGUAGUAGGCUUGGAUUGUCUUCCCUUCAAAAGAUGACUGCGGCAAUUAGGAUGCUCGAAUAUGGGGUAACAACAGAUCUUAUGGAUGAGUAUGUAAGAAUUGGAGAAAGUACUGCACGGUUGAGUAUGAAGAAAUUUGUAAAGGCGAUUGUGUCAAUCUUGAGGUCUCCAACCAGCAAUGUUAUAGCAAGGUUACUAGAAGUUGGACAAAGGUGUGGAUUUCCAGGAAUGUUGGGUAGCAUUGAUUGCAUGCACUGA